AAGUGCAACCACCCGAGGGCCCUCCCACCCCUGAAGCCAAAGCAGGAAGGAGGUGGGGCCUCGGUGGAGGCGGCCUGGGAGGUCUCAGAUCCCGCGGGGGGGCUUUCCUAAAGCAAAGCCGGUGAGAAGAAUGGAGCCCUGGCGCCACCGCCCAAGAGACCCAAUGGAGCGGAUAAGUCCUAAAACCUUCUCCUUCCACUUCCAAAGUCUGCUCUACGCUUCCAGGCGGAACUUGUGCUACCUCUGCUUCCAAGUGGAAAGAGAGGGGGAGGGGCACCCCUCGUAUGACUGGGGGGUCUUUCGAAACCAGGUCUAUCCCGAGGCUCCCUGCCACACAGAACUCUGCUUCCUCUCUUGGUUCUAUGACCAGAAUCUGUCCCCUGACGAGCAUUACCAUGUCACCUGGUUCUUAUCCUGGAGCCCCUGCCCCACCUGUGCAGAGGAGGUGGUCAGAUUCCUGAGGGAAUACAGGAAUGUGACGCUGAGCAUCUCCACCGCCCGCCUCUACUACUUCUGGCUCCCAGAUUAUCAGGAUGGGCUUCACAAGCUAUGGUCUGCAGGAGUCCACCUGGACAUCAUGUCCUUUGAAGAUUAUGAAUACUGUUGGGACAACUUUGUGGACCACAGGGGGAUGCGCUUCCAGAGUCGGAAUCUAUUAAAAGAUAAUGAUUUGCUGGCCACAGAGCUUGAGAAUAUUCUUAGAACCACAAUGAAUCCACUACAACGAGAAAUAUUCUUCUAUCAGUUCGGCAACCAACCCCGGGCCCCAAAGCCCUACCACCGGAGGACGACCUACUUGUGCUACCAGCUGAAGCCACAUGAAGGCCCCAUAAUUGCCAGAGUCUGCCUUCAAAACAAGAAGAAGCGCCAUGCAGAAAUUCGCUUUAUUGACAAUAUCAAGGCACUACGACUGGACACAUCCCAGAGAUUCGAAAUCACCUGCUAUGUCACGUGGAGCCCCUGCCCCACCUGUGCGAAGGAACUGGUUGCGUUUGUCAGAGACCACCGCCACAUCAGCCUGCGGCUCUUUGCCUCCCGCCUGUAUUUCCACUGGCGCAGGGAGAAUAAGAAGGGGCUGAAGCAUCUGCACGCAUCCAGGAUCCCAGUGGCUGUCAUGAGCUCCCUGGAGUUUGAGGACUGCUGGAAGGAGUUUGUGGACAACCAGGGCAAGCCUUUCCAGCCCUGGAACAAGCUGGAACAGUACAGUGAAAGCAUAACCCGUCGGCUCCGGAAGAUCCUUGAGCAGCCACAGAAUGAUUUAGAGAAUGAAUUCAGAAAUUUGCAACUUCAAUGACCAUCAACCCCCUACCCCGUUCCUGGAGCAUCUUGAUGCUUCAUAAACUGCUGACUUUUAGGAGCAACUUGUGAGUUCCACAGGCAUACCUGAGCCUCCCCCGAGUCCAGAAAACCUUCCUUGCCUCCUUCAUUCUUUUGUUUCUUUUUUUUUCUUAAAUAAGUAGGUAUAUAUUUUUAUAACUGAAAAGAUAAAAAUAAUUUUUAAGUCUGUAAAACUUGGGUUAUUUUCUAAAAGGGAGAUCAGGACUUUCCCUCAUAAAAAAUGAGUAUAAAGGACUUUUUAUCCUACUGCACCAAGAAAAAAAUGUAUUUGAGAAUUCCCUCUAAAGUCUAGAAUAGUUGGAUCAUUUUAUCAUCCCAAUAUUCUCUGUUCCUUCUGAGUAUCUACUGUGUGUCCAAAUAAAUAAGAUAAAACUGUUGAGUGCAUGCAGUUGCUCACUGAAUUGCUUGGGGGGAUAAAUAAAACCAGUUGGACAGUGUUAUUCGGU